AAAUAACAAUAAGGUGAUGGUGAUCGUCAAUGCCGUAAUUGCCGCAUGCACCUGCUAAUAAAAAGUCCGAUUUGAACAAGCCAGCACGUUUUGUAACUUGCUCCAAGUAACGUUUUGGCUAGACAAUUCCAAACUUUAUACUGAAGUAGAAUGAAUCAAGUCAAGAAUGAAGAAAAACAUGUGCCAAAAGAGUUGUGCUCUGUUUGCAAUAUACAAAUAGACCGCAUCAGUAUGGAGCAACAUUUGAAAGGAAAAAAGCAUAUUUUGCUAGUUAAUCAAAUAAAAAUGAAAAAGAGAAUUUCUCAACAAAUUAGCAGUGAAGGAAUCUAUAUUACUGGAAUUCCAACUUCCCUAAGGAAAGACAAACUAGUAAAACAUUUCAAACAAUUUGGACAAGUAAUAGCCAUUUUAAGGAAUGAAACGGAAAACACAGGAUUGUUGCAGUUCAGAACAAAAAAGCAAGCAGAUAUGGCACUGAAAUGCUCUCAUCAUGUGGAAGGAAGUUUGUUGGGAGUGCAACCAAGAAAUCAAGUUGAACAUAAUCUAACAAACUCAUCAUCCAAAGGUUCAGCUGGAUUAUUUGACGAAAUUGAGGUUUUCAAAAGAAAAUUUGAAGAAACUUUAAAAUCAAAUGCUGUGAUACCUGUAGAUGAGCAAAUUCAUUUAUUGGUUAAGAUAGUAGAAACUACAGAAGAAGAAAAAAGCACGAAGUCUCAGAUCAUAUCAUCUUUAGAGGAAUGGCUGUCGCUCGAGUUUCCUGGCUGUUGCCUUCAUCUUUUUGGAUCAUCCGUUACUGGAUUAGCCUUUCGCAAUGAUUCUGAUCUUGACAUUUUCUUGGAGAUUCCUAAAUAUGAUGAAGGACUUGCUGUAGCAGAUGCUUCUUUAUCGGAUGAAAAAUUAACAGAGAAAAAAAGGGAGUAUAUGUUGAAAACUCUUCGUCGAGCUUCUAAUAUCAUACGCAGUCAUCCGGACAUAACAGACCUGUUUGUUGUUUCUAAUGCUCGUAUCCCUGUUUCCAAAUUUGUCUACAGUGCGAUAGGGGUUAAAUGUGAUCUCACUUGUAACAACAUCAUUGCCGUCCAGAACUCUAAACUGUUGUAUUCCUUACAAAGUUUAGAUGUUCGCAUCAGACCUUACCUCUACGCGCUUAAAUUUUGGGCUAAAAGUCAUCGUUUAAUUAGUUCUCCUGAAUCGACGUUAUCUAGUUAUGCCUUGACUCUUAUGGCUGUGUUCUAUUUACAACAAACUGAUCCCCCUCUAGUUCCAUCUAUAGAGUCCUUACAAAGUGAAGUGCCACAGGAAAAAAAGAUAUAUUGUAACGGCUGGAAUAUAAGCUUCCAGGUCCCAUUGGAUACAGGAAAAUCACCAACUCAAGCGACCUCCGAGAUGUCCAUAAUUUAUUUAUUGAUUGGAUUUUUUCGAUUUUACCAAAAGUUAAAUGCUAACGAAGUGGUAGUGUGUCCACGCAUAGGAAAAUGUUUACUCAAAACUGAAUUCGUCGAUGCGCCUCAUUCGCCUGAAUGUCGAUCAACCUUGCUGUGUAACACCAAACAAGGCGAUUCAAGACCUCCUUUAAAAAUAAGUCUACUCUCCGUUCAAGAUCCAUUCGAACUUAAUUUCAACGUUAGUUUUAAUUUCCGACAUUUCGAGUUGUUUCAGUCGCUAUGUGAAUUGGCUGAGCGUACGUGUUUGAGAAUAGUUGACGUUAAAAAAAGUGACAAGCAGUCCGCCUUACCCGCACUAUUUAAAGUUCCUCUCAAAACCAAACAUGCCUCAAAGGCCAAAAGAAACCCUACCCAGUCUUCAGUGCUUCUCAAAUUCGUAUCACUUGAUGGUGUGGCUAGUCUUGAAAAUGUAAAAAAACUGUGCCAGUCUGUUGGCCAGUUCAUUAUUAGUUUGUUCAUUUUUUCUUAUGGUAUUCGAGUAGAGGAAACCACUCAGAUUGAAAGCAAACAACGAAAAUUGGAUGAUUGUGAUCUCGAAGUUCUGGUUGGAAAUGAUUCGAUUGUUAAAUGGAGAACUAAUUACUCAAUGACUUUACCAUUUGACAUUUUUAACAAACGAGAUGAGUUAUCAAGUGAGAUUCAUAAAGGAAAUGAUAAAAAUUCUUUGCUCGAUCAGGAAAAAACUAUAACAUCGUUAAUUUCUAGUGAAAAUGCCUUAUUUGAAAAUGUAAAUCCAUUCGCGAUUGUGAAUUUCUCUAUUACUUGUGAUGCCAAAUUUCCGAUUGUAGCUCUACAUUUUGGAAACACAGAUAUCCCCGAAUCAGUUUUUGUGAAACUUGUGAACAAUGUUCGUCGCUUUGUAACAAAAUCUGUAAAGCAUCAUUUGAUAGCAAGCGAAUUGCCUUAUGAACUGAGCUAGUGGAGUCGUUUUCACUUUAAAUAAAAGAGCCGAAUAAUACCUCA